AUGUCCGUGGUCACUGUCGCAACCAAGCCCUUCGAGGGCCAGAAGCCCGGUACUUCCGGUCUGCGCAAGAGGGUCAAGGUCUUCGCCCAGGAGCACUACACGGAGAAUUUCGUCCAGGCUAUCCUCUCGGCCAUCCCUACAGGUGCUGCCAACGCCACGCUCGUCGUAGGCGGUGACGGCCGCUACUUCUCCAAGCCUGCUAUCCAGGCCAUCAUCCGCCUCGCUGCCGGCAACGGGCUCUCGAAGCUCAUCAUCGGCCAGAAUGGUAUCCUCUCCACCCCAGCCGCUUCCCACGUCAUCCGCGCCUACAAGGCCACUGGUGGUAUCCUCCUCACCGCCUCGCACAACCCCGGUGGGCCGGACAACGAUUUCGGCAUCAAGUACAACAUGGAGAAUGGCGGCCCGGCCCCCGAGGGCGUUACCGACAAGAUCUUCGAGAGUACCAAGACCAUCUCGGAGUACAAGAUCGUCGAGGGUCCCGAAGUCGACCUCUCCAAGAUCGGCGAGACCACGUUUGGUGACCUCAAGAUCCAGAUCAUCGACAGUGUCAAGGACUACAUCGAGUACCUCUCGACCAUCUUUGACUAUGGCCUGAUCAAGAGCUUCCUGCAGUCUUCUGACUUUACCGUACGUUUCGACGCGCUGCACGGUGUCACGGGCCCUUACGGCAGGGCGCUGUUCGUCGAAGAGUUCGGUUUGUCGGAAUCGAGCAUCCAGAAUUGCGUGCCCUCCGAGAACUUUGGCGGCGGUCACCCGGAUCCUAACCUGACCUAUGCCAAAUCGUUGGUCGAUGCAGUGGAGAAGGAAAACAUCUCGUUCGGUGCAGCUUCGGACGGUGACGGUGACCGAAACAUGAUCAUCGGCAAGGGCGCGUUCGUCAACCCCUCGGACUCGGUCGCCAUCAUCGCCGACUGGGCGCAAAAGGCCAUUCCUUACUUCAAGUCUGGCAUCAAGGGUCUGGCUCGUUCCAUGCCCACUUCGGGCGCCAUCGACCGCGUCGCGGCCAAGAAGGGCUUCGAAUGCUUCGAGGUGCCCACCGGUUGGAAGUUCUUUGGCAACCUCAUGGAUGCCGGCCGACUGAGCAUUUGUGGUGAAGAGUCGUUCGGUACGGGCUCGGACCACAUUCGCGAGAAGGACGGUCUGUGGGCGGUGCUCGCCUGGUUGUCCAUCUUGGCGGCAGCCAACAAGGAGACACCGGGCACCAGUGUGCAGGACGUGCUGAUCGCGCACUACAAGCAGUACGGGCGCAACUUUUUCUCGCGCUACGACUACGAGGAGGUCGACUCGGACGGCGCGAACCAGGUCAUGGCGCACCUGCGCUCGCAGUUCGAGAGCGCCUCGUUCAAGGGCACCAAGCUGGGCGAGUUCCAGGUGGCCGAGUCGGGCGACUUUAGCUACACGGACCCGAUCGACGGCAGUGUCAGCAAGAACCAGGGCCUGUACAUCAAGUUUGUCGAUGGCUCGCGGAUCAUCUUCCGCCUGAGUGGGACGGGCAGUGCCGGCGCCACCAUCCGGCUGUAUGUCGAGAAGUACUCGAACGACAAGGCCGAGUUUGCGGCGGAUGCCCAGGUCGGGCUCAAGCCGCUCAUCGAGCAGGCGCUGCUCGUGUCCAAGCUCAAGCAGUUUACCGGCAGGGACAAGCCGACGGUCAUCACUUGA